AUGAGGGCACGCACUGCCAACCGGUUGCUGAACAACCUGUACCUGUCUACAUUCCUAGUCGCCUUUGCGUCCGUCGCGCUCGGGUCGCUGCUGCCCUGUCCCGCACACACUUUGGAGAGCGAGACCCCGGAGGAGAGGAGGAAGAAGUUGCAACGAGAGUCGUGGGAGCCGCCGCGGGAGCCAAGGGGGCCGCGGAAUCCCGCAGAACCGCACGAGGGAAGCGCCACUGGUUCAUGUUAG